AUGCUUACCCAGUCGCUCUGCCGCCGUGGUCAGGUCCGCACUGCCACUACCCUGCUCGACGAAAUGCUGCACAGGGGCAUCCCUGCCGAUCCUCUGGCGUACACCACCGUGCUCAACGCCCUCUGCCGCAAGAAGCAGCUCCGUGAGGCCUACCGAUUGCUGUGCCUCAUGCGAGGCCGCGGGGUCUCGCCUGACAUUGUGCACUACAACACCGUCAUCGUCGGAAUGUGCCGUGAGGGGCGGCCACUGGAUGCCUGCAAGGUGAUUGGUGAUAUGACGGAUAGUGGCUGCAUACCGAAUGCAGCGUCGUAUGCAGCGGUGGUGAAUGGGUUGUGCGUGAGUGGGUUGUUUGCCAAGGCAGAGACAUACUUGGAAGAUAUGGUGGGUAAAGGGAUUGUACCACCCUUGCUGAAAACAAAUGACGCAGUGCAAAAUGUGGACCACGAAGAUCUACUGCAUUCAAAUAGAAACAACAUGGAUCAAGUGAGGCAAAAGAUGAACUGUAAAUGGCACCCUCCUGUUCCUGGAGCCGUUAAACUGAAUGUUGAUGCUGCGUUCAAGGCAACUGAUGACCAGGGAGCUAUUGGAGUUGUUAUUAGCGAUGAAAAUGGGAGAGCGGCGAUUUGGUGCUGGGGCUCAGAUGAGCCCGGGCGUGAACAGUACCGCGAUUUGAAAGGGAAAAGAAGUUCAUAA